CUGUGCACGGUUAAAGAGCGCGGAAACCGGACAGCAGUUCUUUGUGAAGCAGACAGUAACUUGGACAAAUACUGAGUGCCAUAGGUACAAACUUUCAGCAGAGUAACCCCACGAGCGUGUAAAUGUGAGGAAAAUGAACUGUACAUGGUGAGAGCCUCGCGUUAACUGGCCACGGUACGGACACGGCGGGGACAGCGGACGUCCCGUUGGAGAAUGCCGCCGGCAGCGCACACCAGUGGAGGAGACCGGGCCAGAAGUGGACCACGGCUGUCGUCUGGAGUGGUCUUGCCUCGGUGGCAAUGAAAGCGAGGAACACGGCGACGUGCCCACGCGUAGCCGUGGCGUUUGUUUUGUUGCUGCUCGCGCUUCCCGCCGCCGUCAGCGUGCGGGCGCUUCUCGACGCGUCAUCCGGCGCCGUCCUGCCGCGCAUCGACGCCGGCCACUGGGAGGAUGCGGAGCAGGCGACGCUGCUCUCUGCUGCCCGGCUGGACACGGCGCGCUGCAGAGCUGCCUGUCUUUUACAGCUUGCCAAUUUGAGUGCUGCAGGCCACUUUAUAGACUGCCAUAUGUCUCAAGAAUGUAACAUGUGCUGGCAAACGUGUGAACUCAUCGAGGAAAACUUCCCAGUCUGGGGCAACAUGUGCCAAGUUGAAGACGUUUGCAGGGAGGAGGGGCAGUGGGGGAACGCCGGCACGAUGAGCGGCAUCAGAGCCAGCUGUGGGAGAAGACGACGACAAACGACAAAUUCCCAUCCAGACCGAAAUUUUGCCGGAUGUCGAGCCGCUUGUGCAUUUCGGAAAAAUACCCCUCAAGGAGCCAGCUCGGUAGCCGGUAUUUUCCACCGAGCACCUCGGGUUGAGCGAAGAGGACAGCAUUUUCAUGUAACCUGGACAAGACCUGAUGCGGUGCGCAGUGCCAAUUCGCGAGUACCGCUGGUGUACGCUCUACUGGAGAGAUCCAAUCGUAGUGGAAGGAAAUGGGAAGAAAUUGGUCAGACUCAGCAUCGCAGUGUAACGGUUUCCAAAGGCAACACGUCCAAGCUGUGGCAACUCCGUGUUCUGGCCGUGACCACCAGUGGAAUAUGGGCGGCAAGCACAGCGACACAGCUGCCAUCAUUACAGACCAGUGCCGGCGAUGACUGGUUAGCUGACGAGGAGGAGCCUCAGCCGUCAGACGCGGCAGCAGAGCCGCGAGUGCUGCUUCCAUGGCCACCGCCACAGCUGCUUUCUCUACGUCCAAGUGCAACCCAAGGACUGGAAGCGCACAUUUCUUGGCGUUCAAAUUAUGACCAGGAUAUUCGCAGUGACGAGAAGUUUGAGCUGACUUGGAGACUCGACGACGCCGCCAUAGACCUGACAGGCCGACUCUACACGUCCGAGACGGAUGCGAGGUUUCCAGUUAUGCCAGCCUCCACUUACACCGUGUUUGUUCGACGUCUUGACGCAUCCGGGGGUUCCGUGGCCACCAGCGAAGUGCUCUUCUUGGACACGUCCACAUCGGAAACGGAAGCAAGGCAGCUGCACAGCUCAACAGGGCGAUGUGUUCGAGUGGAGAUGAUGGCUGCUUGCUUGUCCGCAGCGUCAGUUCUAGCAGUCCUUUGCGUGGCGUCUACCAUCUGUAGAAGGAGACGGCGCUCCCGGUCACAAACAGCAUUGAAAAAAAUGGCAACGUCAGCGAACCUUAAAGACUACAAGUUUGCACCUGGCUACCUUCCAGAAAAGUGCGGUCAUCUCCAGUGUGGUCACCCGAGCAGCUGCCGGCUUGCUUGCGGUUACAACGAAAGAGUCCCUGGCCUCCAGGUUGCGCUCAAAGAAGCCAGUAGCCCCGACGACGGAACUUACUUUGUGUUCGACUUGCGCUCAUCGUGAGCAUUGUGUACAAACAGAAUUCGUCUGGCUUUGCUUGGUUAUAUGGCCUGAAAUGUAGAGCCCCAACAAGCAGUGGCAAAAAGCAGGAGUAAUUGCCUGGUAUUUUUCUUCAUCCCGGUUUUUGGUCGUAAAAAACUUUAACCACGUUUAUUGUGAAAAAAAACAGGCCUUGAAGUAACGUUCUCAAUUUCUGAAAAAAGAUUAAUUACAGCAUGCGCCAAUUUACCUGAAGUACUUUCGACUGAAAUUAUUCUGCAAAACUAUUUUACACAAACCGCAUUGUGGUGUAAUUUCAGGUUUGCAUAAUGGGGAACAGAACUACAUUCUUCUUUAGAUUUUGUUUUUACAGUUGCUGUAGAGCUGGAACGCAAAUCACGACGAUAGGCUAGUUUGUGCAUGACUGUGGAUGCUAGUUCCGCAUAGGUUAGCGCAGGAAAAAAGAAACAGGCAGAAAAAGCGCCUCUUCCUGUCCUAUUCUUUUUUCCUGUCCUAGCCUUUUGCCCCACUAACAACAGCCGAUGGCUGAAAACGUUAAGCUCAGAAUAUUUGUAGUAUUGCAUGAGAAGGGUUCUUGUCUGUGUCAGUAUAUAUUUCAUGCUUGAGCGUUCGAAUUUAGAACUACAUUAUUUAUGACAUGCCUUCAGAAAUAUUGUCAUAAUGAGAAGUUACAUAUGGUUUCUGUAACCCCAAAACAAUUAUCGCCCAUAGAGCCCAGUUGGGCGCUUCACAAUUGCUCAAUAUUGCGAUCAGACAGACCACAGUGCGUGUUUUCCAACAUGUUCUUAUGCUUUUCUUCCUACGGCGUGUGGAAUUAUAGUAGUUCGUUUUGACACGGGAACAGGGCACACAACUCUUCGUAUGACUCCCUAUAUUCCUCAGCAGCUAAUCGCAAAAUCUGGGAAGUUGCCUACAGGAUGCCUACAGGCUUUGCAAAUGCUCUGUAAAAAUCUGCUAGUUUUCAAAGAAGCUGUAACAGCCUCUAGCCUAGCUCACCUUAGGUACGAAUGAAAACAUCUCGGCAUUUUAUUCCAAAACACAAUUCCUCCCAGAGAAGUCAAGCCGGCACAGCCUUUCAGAUAACAGAACUCACAGCGGGGCUAGUUGGUUCUGAUUCAUCUUUGAAUUGACUUUUCCAGCACAAGAAAAAACACGGACGCGCUGUCCGUGUGUGGUUAUUGGUAGUCCGUGUUGUUCUUUUUUUUGUGCUGGACAAGUCAAUACAAAGAUGGUCGGUGUAACUCUGAAUACGUACAUACAUAUUUAUUAUCUAAGCUAAUUUACGUUUGUUUGAAACAUUAUUAUUAUUACAUAUUAUGGUGGGGCCGAGUAGAGGCACUAAAGUAGUUUACCAGUCAUUGUACUUCACGUGGCACUGGAAUCACUAAGCAAAAUAAAAAAGAAAAAACUAAACGAAUGAACAUUGCAAGGUGACAGCGAUUCCAAGGAUGCCGUGGUUACUCAGUUAGGGCAGAGAAAUUGCAGUAAAUCCGAAAAUGUGCGUGCUGCAAUAAGUAAUUGCUUAUCGUAAAAAGUACGAUUUGCUAUUCGGCAAGCUGGCGUCGGUAGCGGCAUUCAGUUGAAACAUGAUUUUCGAAUUACUGCAAUGAAUGACGUAGAGAUCUUAAAAUGGCUGUGUAGAGCUUUAAAACGUGGGGUGUGGUGUUUGAAACUUCAUGGAUUCCUAAAAUUGUCCGCUUUCUUUAGAUGCAUUGUAUACCAUCUCAAAUAGCCACAAGGCCGCAGUGCGCAGCUCAAGCAUGUAUUUAUGCUAUGAGGUUCUUGAGGAUAAAAUGACAGGCGCCGAACGCCCUAAGCUUCGUGUUCGUAACUCACACUUGCUAUUGGUUGUCCCCUUUCUUCCGAAUAAUGUGUGCAACAUUGCUAAUAUGAAACGUGCUCUUGCGAAGUGUUCCAGCAUAGCAAGAAUAUUAAUCAAACCACAAAGAACGUCUUGGCGUUUUGCCGUUGUCUCUAUUUUGCUGGCCUUGAGAGAACAUUUCACUGGUGAUGUUCUAUAAUUUUACUGUGCUUCGCUCCUUCAAUUGCAGGGUUUAAACGUUGUUUGCUUGUCCCUAAGAAAAUAAUGUUUGUGGCAAAUUAGUCUAUUCGCAAGAUGGCUCAGGCUACUUUCUGACCGUAGUGAACAAAAGCUGCAAAAUGCUCAGGGUGCUGCUAUUUAUCAUUUUGCUUAUUUAUUCCCACGAAUGUUCCAAAGUUUAGGAAAACGAAAAAUAUGCGCAGAACAAUUGCGAUAUUCUUGUAAUUCACUUGCAAUUCCUCGCCUCUCCUCUUUUCUGUGUGCCUUUAAUGAAUCCACGUUCUUAGCUCUGUCACCUUUAUGAGCGACUUGCAGCUCCACUUCAUGCCAUGUUCAAUAGCAUGACCUUUCAUACAUAUAAACUUCUUUGCUUCAAAAGCCGUUGGCAUUUGAACCGUAAGAGUAUCUAUCUCGGGUGGAAAUCACGUACACGAAAGCAAGUAGGUAGUUCUCACCUUGAUGUGUGUUUUUGCCAGGACACAGGAGCAGCAAUCCAACCAGUGACAGCGUUCAGAAGCACAAAAAUUGCAACACAUCAAACGAAAUAAAACACUUCAUCGGCAGAGAGAAGUGCAAAUUGCCGCAUCAAAUCACUGCUCUGCUUGUAGCUCUACUGUAAACGCAGCAAGAAACCCUGAACACCAUGCAAGGAGUAACGGCGAAGUAAAUACAGUCGCACUAAUGUUCCUUUUGUUAACCAUUUGUUUCUGGAGCGGUCUCUUAAGACGUGUGGCGAAUAUGGACAAAAUGAGAGCCUAUUUGUAGGCAUGCUCAUUAUAAACAUUGCCUCCCUUUGAUAUAUAACACAAAAAAGUGUCAGUUAGUAAAUAUGAGAAAAUAUUUUAGGAACUAGACAGCUGACAAGACCAGGCUGUUACAGAAAACUUAGUGGUGUUUGGCAGUUAUUCAAUAUCCUCCUAUUCCGUUUUGUUUGAGAGACUCGACACUCGCAGUGGACAUGUGCUAGACAAAGUUCCUGCUUUACUGUCAGCGCUACCGACUUUUCAGAUAUAUUUAACAGCCCUGCAAAAUGUUUUUUUCAAAAGAGCUAACUGAGGAGGCUUGGUCAUGCCUAGAUUAUGUCAUUAGACAUUGUUCAUUGGAAACCUACGGCGGCUCAGCCGAGCAGCACAUUACCUUUGGAAUCGACUCAGCAAAAUGAGUCGGCAUGGUAGCCAUUUUCUGUUUUUGGGCGACACCUACUUCAUAUUUAGCCCUCCUUCUCUUCGUCUUGUUCGUCGAGCAAGAAAAGUCUAGUCUCAUUUCACAGUUUUAAACUCAGGUGCGCACACUGUGUAACUGUUUCUUGUAGUCAUUAGUCACUCCUGUUUGUAAUUGCUCGAAUGAAACCCCUAUUUAGAGAAAAUUUCUCCUGGGGGUGUAAAGUGCCAACGUUAGCCAACAAUUUCUUUAUAUAAAACGACCGUGCAAAUGGAUUUGCUCGUGUCAACUUCUGUUCCGAGUUCAGGCCACAUCCACGUUUGCAUAAGCAGCAACGAAAAGCACAUUUAGCACAGAGAACAUAAACCUCUUAUUACGACUACCACGGCAAAAUAACUGCGUUGCAAUAGGUGUAGGAGCCAUUUAAGUAUGGAAUGACAUUUUAUACAUGUAGCUGCGCAACUACCGUACCUCAAGAUAUGCAAGAUAUUUUGUUACCAUGCUCGCCUUCAUUUUGCUGCAUGCUGCAACGCCCAUAUUCUUCAGAUAAAGCACGACUAUUUUGUACAGUUUUGGCACAUGUCGAAUUUAUAAUCAUUUGAAAAUUACAACAUGCUCAAGAGCUUCUUCAUGUAUCUUCUUAUGGCUUUGAAAUAAAGUC